AUGGGUGUUACGGGCUUGUGGACAGUUGUCCAGCCGUGCGCUCGACCUAUCAAGCUCGAGACGCUUAACAAAAAGCGUCUCGCAGUUGACGCGUCAAUCUGGAUAUAUCAGUUCCUCAAAGCCGUACGAGACAAGGAGGGUAAUGCUCUACGUAAUUCCCAUAUUGUUGGCUUCUUCCGUCGAAUAUGCAAGCUGCUGUACUUCGGCAUUAAACCGGUGUUUGUUUUUGAUGGUGGAGCCCCCAUCUUGAAACGGCAGACGAUUGCCGGUCGAAAGAAGCGCCGGGAAGGCCGCAGAGAAGAUGCAGUGAGAACGGCUGGGAAGCUGCUUGCAGUGCAGAUGCAGCGAUCCGCAGAAGAGGAAGCAGCCAGGCAGAAAAAGGGAGCUUCGAGACAAGAUGAAGAGGAGGUGCCGGACAACCCGGUUUAUGUUGAGGAGACCUACUUGACAGAGAAAGAGAAGCGGCAGGGCCGAGCGUUCAGGAAGAAGGAUGCGUACCAUCUUCCAGACUUGCACGUUUCGUUGGAGGAGAUGGGAGCUCCAAACGACCCUCGCAUUAUGUCUCGCGCGGAGCUGGAAGAAUAUGCGAGACAAUUCCACCAGGGCGAGGACAUCAAUCUCUACGACUUUUCCAAAAUUGACUUUGACAGCCCCUUCUUCAUCAGUUUACCUGCUACAGAUCGGUACAAUAUCCUGAAUGCUGCCAGACUUAGAAGUCGUCUGCGUAUGGGCUACUCCAAGGAACAAUUAGACAAUAUGUUCCCAGACCGCAUGGCGUUCUCGAAAUUUCAGAUUGAGCGUGUCAAGGAAAGGAACGAUCUCACGCAGCGGUUGAUGAAUUUGAACGGCAUGAACGGUGAAGAAGCCUUCUACAACUCAGGGCAGCGAAUCGCCGGCGAACGAGGAAGAGAAUACGUACUCGUCAAAGACAACGCAGUUGAGGGCGGCUGGGUGCUCGGUGUUGUGGGCAACAAAGGUGAAGGUCAUGCCGAUAGACCUAUUGAUGUGGACCGAUACGGCCAGGGGGACGUGAUUUUUGACCACGAAGAAGCUUCAGAUGGGGAUGAUGGUGCAUUCGAGGACGUUCCUAUUGAAGGUCUCAACCGACUUCCCAAACUUAAUUUCCCUCAAAAAGGCGCAUCCGACGAAUUGAUUGAGAAGCAGAUGACCGGUGUUUCCAGAAGGCGCGAUUCGUUGUUCCAGGAGACUGAGGAUAACUCCCUCUUUGUUCAAGACGGUGGCCUAGAAGGUGCACUGCCUCAUCACCGCCACCAUAUCGAUGACGUUCCUGGCGGCACUAUCGACAGUGAAGAUGAAGAUCUCCAAAGAGCAAUCGCAAUGUCUCUGGAGCCCUCCGCUUCCCGUGUCGAAGACAUGCCAGAUAUCCCACUUAACCGCAACGACGUGCCUGCUGCGCCGCCAAUGGAGACUUCGCCUGGUCUUGCAGAGAGUGAUGAUGAAGAGAUGGACUUUGCCGCUGCAUUGGCGCAGUCUCGCAGGACGAAAAGGAAGCCAUCCAGUUCCGUUCCCCGUCCAGUCAUGGACCAUCCGUUCGAGGGUCCACUUCCUUUUGAAUCUAUCAGAUUGAACCCUUCCAAAGCGGAAAAGCCUCCACAUGAGGAGCUUGAUGAGGAAGCCGGUGGGUUUGAAAAAGAGUCCGCGAAGAAGGAGGAAAGCCUGCCGCUGCCCCCUUGGUUUUCGAGGGAGCAGCUGAAUGAAGAAUUUGUCGUCGAUAAGAUUGACAACACCUCAUUGGAAGCUUAUCGGGAUAGAGCGAUGACUCCAGACCAUCUCUUCCUGAAAGACCAUCGAUCUCCGGAUGUGAUAGAUGUGGAUAAGAUGCCAGGACCGGAGGAGGUUAUAGACCUGGAAGCAGAACCGAAGACGGAGAAACUCGAUACUGCAGUACCGGCAAGUACAGAAAACGCGCAAAUACAGUUGGACGAUGUUGCAGCACCAACGGUCUCCGAUGAAGAGAAGGCGGUAGAGGAAGCGCCGCUUGAACGGAAAGCUACAGAUGCCGAAACCCCCUCGACCGAGAUCAACAAGAAUGUUGCACAUGACUCUCCAUCCCCUGAGCCCGAGUUCGAAGAUGUUACCAUACAGACAGAAGCAAAACCGACAGAGGUCACGGUGACCGGAAACGAACCUCAGACCUUUGCCGAGAGUGGUCAAGCACAUGUGGUUAACGUGGAUGACGAAGACUUUUCCGACCCAGAAGACGAAGAGUUGAUGCGACAACUUGCGGCUGAAGGCGAAGAGCACGUUCGAUUCGUUGCCACUUUGAACAACAAUGUGCAACAAAGCGGCGCAUUUGACUACGAGCAGGAGCUCAGGCAGUUGCGAUCCCAGCAGAAAAAGGACCGUAGAGAUGCAGAUGAGGUGACGCAGGUGAUGAUCACCGAGUGUCAGCAGCUCUUGAGCCUUUUCGGCUUGCCGUAUAUUACAGCACCUAUGGAAGCCGAAGCUCAAUGCGCCGAACUGGUCUCAUUAGGCCUGGUCGACGGGAUCAUCACCGAUGACAGCGACAUUUUCCUCUUUGGCGGCACCCGCGUUUACAAGAACAUGUUCAACCAAGGCAAGUUCGUCGAGUGCUAUCUCACCUUAGACAUGGAAAAGGAAUAUGCGCUUCAUCGGCGAAAGCUCAUCAGCCUCGCGCACCUUCUUGGUAGCGAUUACACAGAAGGGAUCAGUGGCAUCGGGCCGGUGACCGCGUUGGAAAUUCUCACGGAGUUUUCCAGCCUAGAGGAGUUUCGUGACUGGUGGACGCAGAUUCAGACGGGGAUGUACGUCCCCGAGACUCACGCAGCUUUCUACAAAAAGUUCAAAAAGACUGCAACCAAGAUCUUCAUCCCUCCUACUUUCCCCGAUGCGCAAGUAGAUAAGGCGUACCUCGAGCCCGAGGUCGAUUCCGAUCCAUCUCCAUUUCAAUGGGGCGUUCCCGACCUACAUGGACUCCGAAAUUUCCUUAUGACCACGAUUGGGUGGAGCCAGGAACGCACGGACGAGGUUCUUUUACCAGUCAUCCGCGACAUGAAUCGCAGAGAACAGGACGGCACUCAAUCCAACAUCACCAACUUCUUCAGUGGCCCUCAAGGAGCCGGUGCAUUCGCGCCUCGCGUGCGUUCAGCAGGCCAAAGCAGAAUGGAGAAGGCGUUCAGUCGUCUACGGCAGGAAGCUGGAGCGGAGGCUCAUCAGUCUACGUCUACAGGAGAGACAGAUACUGGUGCAGAUGCCUCUACAGAUGAUCAAACAACCCCUAGAAACAGUCAAAAGAAAGCCAACGGAAGGAAGAGAGCGCAAGCUAAAGAUACCAUCACAUCUUCUGCCGAUGCUGACGGUGUGAGUAUGACGCCGAAGAAACAAAAGACACGGCGGUCAAGAAACAAGUAG